UCUCUCUUACAGCCAGAAUACUCAGGCUAGGGGUGGGGAGGGUUCGUUGACAGAUUACAUACGCCAAACACCAAACGGUAUCCGAUGUAUUUGCUUUUUUUCAUAGCGAAAGAACGAUGUACUGGGUGGAGGGGAGGUAUUGUUCAAAGGUAUAAAAGGUGUACUGGGUAGGCCUAUUUAAGGCAAGUUGGGGGUUAGAAAUUCUCAGAUUUUGUGCGUACAUACUUUUAUCGAUGGCCCCUUAGAAAAUACAUAUCGUAUCCCAAAAUGUUAUAAACAUUUUAUUUGAAUUUUUAAAAAAAAAAUUUUAAUGUGUCUUUCAUCUAUUCAUAGAUAUAGCCCUAAUUGUUUAAUGAAGAUCAUCUUAGCAGUAAUAUAGCCUAAGUAUCACACGGAAAACGGUUUAAAAAUAUUUAUUUAUAAUAAUAAUUAAAAAAACAAAAAAGGCAAAUAAGACAUUGAUUUUUUUUUUAUUCAGUAAUAAAAUUCAGUUUCUGAAAUCAUCUGAAGACUUUUAGCCACGGGACUAAUCAAGUAAAUGUGCCGGAGACCUAGUUCUUAGGUUAAACAGUCGGGAGUAUUGAUCCGGGUUUUGCGCACGACCGCCACCUCACGGAAAGCCGUCUUGCGGUACUUCACGAGGUUUGAUCUCCGCGCUCUCAUUCAUGUGUUGUGUAUUAUGUGACGUCACGGCGAACAUCCCUAUAUUGUGAAAUAACACUUUAUUUACGUCGGACGAGACAAGCGGGAGUAACUCGAGAAGAACCACAAUGCUUUGUUUACACUGUGGAUAUAUAUAGAAAGGUUUUCUCGCUCUGGGCCGUGACGUAAUGCGACCUAUAAAAAUGCCAGGGACAUCCACGGAAAACAACCUUCAGUGACAUUGUUGGAACGGUUCGUAGCGGCGCUGGACUGAGAAUGCGUACCAGAAUGCGCGUGCGUUAUUGUUGUUGAGAUGACAAGACGGCAGCACGAGGUGGGCACGUGUGUCUGGAGCGUAUCGGCGCGUGCGGAUUUAGUUUUUCUCUGGAUAAUAUGCGCUGACCUUGAGCGAGUAAUGCUACCUUCACCGAUAAGGUGAAUGUAUCCACACGUUAUUUUGACAAUAAAACCCCAUGAAAACUAACUGCUUUCCCAAUAUGUGUCGAUGUGUUAGUGUGGGGUUAACGUCAUGGGUCUGUCGCUUGACGAGGAAGUGCCAACAUGUCGAGUGAAUUGGCAGACGAUGUGGAUAUAUCGCUCACUCUUCCCAGAAAUCUGUCGUACGUACAAGAAAGUAGGGUCGGCGAGUUCAGUGUCAGUUCGCGGUUUCUGUACAACCAGGAAAGAGAGAAGCGACUGCAGAAGCAGGAAAUUAUUCUAAACCGAUGUCGAGAGAUGGCGCACCGAAUGGAAAAUCUCGACAUUAAAAACGGGGAAGCUUUUCACCCAGAACAGACGACGAGGUAUAAACGAUCGGCUCUGAUGCCGGAAACUCCCGAUUCGGACACGAUGAGCGAGGAAGGUGUGUUCGUCAACAUGGUCGACGACGACGAAGAGUUCGUACAAGCGUUGGACCAUGUGGCGAUCAAAGACGAUGUUUCGGUGGAUUCCGUGUACAGCCCCGACGGCGAUUUCGACUCCCCAACGUCGGUGGAGGGCCGACGAGCGUCGCUGGAGGAGGCGGUUAUGUCCCUUGCCAAUGCCGAUCUGGACGAAAAGCCGGCAUUGAAGAUAGAAAUCAUCGAUCCUAACAAAUCUCUUCUGGACAGCAGCGCAGAUGCUUUCCUCAAGUUCGUGUCGUCCACCAGCCCGAUAGACUACGAGGACCGCGAAUUCAACUUUUCCAAAGCAGAACUUAGGAAAUCUUCGUCUUUGAAAACAAACAAAACUCCACCAGGAACACCCAGCAGAAAAAAGGUUGUGCGCUUCGCAGACGCUAUGGGCUUGGAUCUGGAAUCUGUGAGGAACAUCGUGAAUGUGGACACCCCGCCGCGGAUCCCCGCCUCGGCAAUGGCCGACCUACAGGUGGGGCUAGGGGUGGACCGCCAGGCGAUGGGCAGUCGGUUCCUGGCCGCGUGUUUCGCUCAGCCGGGGUGCGCCUCGGACUUCAGGCAGACGGUACAAGACCGGAAGGUGUGUCUGGAGAACGCUGUGAUCUCCAAUCUGACCAUCACGGGCCUUGUGAGGGUGGCCAACAUUCACUUCCACAAGAACGUCAGAGUCCGCUACACGACCAAUUCGUGGAACUCUUUUAUCGACAUAGCGGCGUCCUACGUGAAGAACUCGUGCGACGGACCCACGGACAGGUUCUCCUUCAGUAUUGUCGCCCCGGCGGAUUUCGGGGUGGGGUCCAGGCUGGAAUUCGCCGUCUCCUACACGGCCGGAGAUACCGUGUACUGGGAUAACAAUGGCGGCAAGAACUACGUAUUUGAAUGCUUCGGCAAAACGAUCCCGUUGGAUACAGGGAAUUCGUGGAUUCAUUUCCUGUGAUACAUCUGUGCGUGUGUUUGUAUUCGAUCGUCAUGGCAUACGAAACAAGACGUGUUGUUCUGGUUUUAGAUCACAUCCAUAUUUUUUACUGGAGUAUAUGUUACAAAGAAAAGCCUGCAAGACUGCUGUGCAGUUCGGUUACCACGGAUACCUGAUUUGAUAAUUAUAAUAACGAAAGUAGACCAGGUUACGUUUGGCAACAACAGCAAUCAUGGAUUUCGUCAGAUACUGGAUCAUUCAGAAGGUGGUAACGGUGUUCAUGUCCGGUUCCCUGAUGUGAAAAAUUGUGUGUUAGAGGUUAUUUUAAAAUAUAGUAUCUUGUGAUAUGAACAUUUACAUGGCUGUGUGAAACGAUAUAUAUGUAAUAUAUAUAGAUAUGAGAAUAUUAAUAUUGCGUGUAUUAACAAGCUCAUUUUAAUAAUUUGUUUUUCAAUGUGUGAACGAAAGAUGGUGAGUAUAUGUAUUAUUAAUGUAUCGCCAUUAAGUCUUUUAUAGUAUUUGUUUAAAUAAUACUAGACAUGGAGGUACUAAUUGUUUGCCGUUUUAUAGUUUUCUAACCUAGCCAUGCAUUAUGAAGCUGUUGGUGUUAUCUUGCCAUAAAACGUACGGGUUCUAUCUUUUCCAAUAUUACAGUUGUUACAUGUAGUUGUUUUGUUAUGUACAUAGGAUCUUAGCCACAUUUCGAAGUGUUUUACAAGUUAUACCCGAGGCCGUAAGAACUAGUCAAGACGGGGUUUCUGCCAGAGGGUAAAACGGAUAUGACGCCAUACCCAAAUGUUUUUGCAAUUUUUUUAUUUUUUUUUAAGUUAACCUUUUGACAAAAUUAAUUACUCUUAUCAUUACAGUAUGAUUUUCUUAACCCUAACCCUAAACUUAACUCUUUUUUUUGUUCUUUUUUUUUUGUGUGUUUGUAUUUAGUUACCCAAAAAAUUUCUUUCUGGCAGAAACACUGUCGGGGGUGGGAGUGGGACAUAUCACUACCACACGAGGCUCAAACCAUUAACCUUUUGUCCUACUCUGUGUGUGUUUGUGUGUAUAUACAUAUAUAUAUAUAUAUAUAUAUAUAUAUAUAUAUAUAUAUAUUUGUGCAUCCCUCGCAUGUGUUCCUAUGACCACGAUCCUUCAAGUUCAUGGCUGCCAGUGGCAGAAUAACUGGUACGAAUCGUGGUCAUUUCGUACCAUGUUUAUUUCGUACCAUAUUGCCUGGUAGUUUCGUACCAAAGUUAUUUCGUUACGUACUAUCGUGAGAAGUCAUUUCGUAUCAUAGUCAUAUCGUAUCAUUGUCAUAUCGUACCAAUGUGAAAAGUCAUUUUGUACAAUAGUCGUACAAGUUGUCAAUUAGCAAUAUCCAGUAAUGGAUGGGUGGCAUGAAUUUAUUUUUAGACCUUUUAUCGGCAAAUACUUUUUAAAUGUUUGACGUUUUUUCUUGUGUUGUCACAAUUUGAGCUAUUAUAUAUUAUUAUACAUCAGUUAAUCACCAAAGAACGAGAAAAACAAUAUACCAGAGCAGGAAAGAAUACAUUUUUUAUACAACAAAACAUCCUGCAAUCAAUAUAUAUAUUAUAUUGGCGAGCUAUGUCUAAAUAAAUUUAAUUUUUACGUUAUGGUACUAAAUGACUUUCAAUGAUGGUACGAAAUUGCAAUGGUACAAAAGGACCUUUUGCAAUAGUUCGAAAUGACCAUGGUACGAAGCUAUCAAAUUAGAUACGAAAUGGCCAUGGUACGAAACUUAUCAAAUUAGGUACGAACUGACCAUGGUACGAACUGACCAUCAACCUCUAGUACAGGUAUAAUAGAGAAUUUGUUAACUACUGCAACUUUAAAAGGUUUUUGCCGUAGUUGGAAUGACCGCCAGUGGCAAUAUUGAGACUGCUUACAGUAAUUAUAAAUCAAUUACUUGACGACAAAUAAACUGAAUAAUUAAAUAAAUAAAUAAAUUAUAUAAAAACAGA